AUGCAACCAUGGAGGCCAGCUCUGCACAAGAUUCUUGUUCCAGGUCGGCCUCCUUCAGAAAAGAAGAUGGAUUACGAAACGAAGCAGAGGGAUAUAGAGGCAUACUGGAAGCAAAGAAACGCAGCCUUGGGAAGCACAGGGUCACAAAACGUGAUCACACAAGCGGCCGCUUUGAGGGAUGGGGCGGCUCUUGAGGAAGUUAAAGAAGCUUUUUCUUUGGUAGCCAAGAAGAAUGAGGAGCUUGGGCAUACGUUCAGCCAUGUAAAGCUAGGGGCGGACGUUUACGAGGACUGCGAAGAUGCUUUGCUUGGGAAACCGAAGCCCCUAUUUCGGCCUACGCUAGCAAAGGAGCGAUGA